AUGGCUCCCAGAGUGCUCGUCAUCGGCGGCGGCCUGUCUGGCCUGAGCGCCGCCCACACCAUCUACCUCGCUGGCGGCAACGUCGUCGUCCUCGACAAGCAGGGCUUCUUCGGAGGCAACUCGACAAAGGCCACCUCGGGCAUCAACGGCGCCCUGACCCGCACCCAGGUCGACCACCAGAUUGCCGACAGCGUCAAGCAGUUCUACGAUGACACCCUCAAGUCGGCCCGCGACAAGGCCCGCCCCGACCUUAUCAAGGUCCUCACCUACAAGUCGGCUGCCGCCGUCGAGUGGCUGCAGGACGUCUUUGGCCUCGACCUCACCCUCGUCUCCCGGUUAGGCGGCCACUCCCAGCCGCGCACUCACCGCGGCCACGACGCCAAGUUCCCUGGCAUGGCCAUCACCUACGCCCUCAUGCAGCGCCUCGAGGAGCUGGCCGAGACGGAGCCCCACCGCGUCGAGAUCAUCAAAAAGGCCCGCGUCACCAGCCUCAACAAGGAGGGCAACAAGGUCACGGGCGUCACCUACGAGGUUGCCGGCCAGUCCGCCUCCCUCGACGGCCCCGUCGUCCUCGCCACCGGAGGCUACGCCGCCGACUUUGGCGACUCAUCGCUCCUCAAGAAGCACCGCCCGGACACGUACGGCCUCGCUACCACAAACGGCACCCACGCCACCGGCGAUGGCCAGAAGAUGGUCAUGGCCAUUGGCGGCAACGGCAUCGACAUGGACAAGGUCCAGGUCCACCCCACCGGCCUCGUCGACCCCAAGGACCCGGGCUCCAAGUGGAAGUUCCUCGCCGCAGAGGCCCUCCGCGGCGAGGGCGGCCUGCUGCUCAACGCAGACGGCGACCGCUUCUGCGACGAGCUCGGCCACCGCGACUACGUCUCGGGCAUGAUGUGGAAGGAAAAGGACAAGGGCAAGUUCCCCAUCCGCCUCGUCCUCAAUUCAAAGGCCUCCAAGACGCUCGACUUCCACACCCGCCACUACUCGGGCCGUGGCCUGAUGCGCAAGAUGACGGGCAAAGAGCUCGCAAAGGAGAUUGGCUGCUCCCCCGACCACCUGCAGGCCACCUUUAAGACGUACAACGCCAUUGCCGACGGCAAGCAAAAGGACCCUUGGGGCAAGAAGUUUUUCCAUAACAUGCCCCUCGACGUCGACGACGACUUCCACGUCGCCCUCAUGGAGCCCGUCCUGCACUUUACCAUGGGCGGCGUCGAGAUCAACGACAAGGCCCAGGUGCUCAACCAGGACAAGCAGCCCUUUGACGGCCUCUUUGCCUGCGGCGAGCUGGCCGGCGGCGUCCACGGCUCCAACCGCCUCGGCGGCUCCUCCCUGCUCGGCUGCGUCGUCUACGGCCGCGUCGCCGGCGACACGGCCAGCAACUACCUCUUCCAACAGGCCCUGCAGGGCUCCGGCGGCGGCUCCGCGGCCCAGCGCAUCGGCCAGAUUUCGCUGCACCUCGACCCGUCGUGCCCCGGCAAGCUGACGGUCGAGUGGGCCAACGGCGGCGCCUCGUCCGGGCCCACCGGCCAGCAGCAGCAGCUGUCGAGCGCCGGCUCCUCGUCGGCCGUCGGGGCCCCCGCCGACGGCGGCGCCAAGGCGUCCAAGCCCAACGACCCCAAGUCGUUCAAGGUGCCGGAGAAGGAGUUUACCAUGGACGAGGUUGCCAAGCACAACACGAAGGACGACCUGUGGGUCGUGGUCAAGGGCGUCGUCAUGGACCUGAGCAACUGGCUGGACGAGCACCCGGGCGGGCCGCAGGCCAUCAUGAACUUUAUGGGCCGCGACGCGACCGAGGAGUUUGAGAUGCUGCACGACGACGAGGUGAUUCCCAAGUACGCGCCGGAGCAGGUCAUUGGCCGCGUCAAGGGGCAGACGCCCAGCCUCGAGCUGUAG